AUGGAUAUUGGUGGCCUGACGACAGUGGUGGCCAACUCUGCCUACAUUUCGGCCCGCGGGAGCUUUGAUGGAACUGCCAACCCUGCAUCUAACCGAGACAAGAAGUACCACUCACGCCUGAAGCUCCCUCACAUCACGGUGUGUGAAGGCUUGCGGGAGACCUUAGAUCUGGGCUUCCAGAUGGUCUGUGUGGAGCAGCCCAUCGGCAAACGUCUCUUCCAGGAGUUCCUAGACUCCAACAAAGAAUAUAAAGGCCCCUGCCGCCUUUGGAAAGAUAUUGAGGAAUACAACAUGUCAGAGGAUGAAGAUCGAGUCAAGAAAGCAGUCAAGAUUUUAUCCCGGUACAUGGAGCCAGACUCUAAAUAUUUCUGCCCCUUUCUGUCAGAAAACAGCAUCACAAAGGUCAAAGAGAAAUACCAAGAAGCUGGGGGCGAUCUUUUCAGUGAGACCAUGGACAACGUGAUGGACUUUCUCAAGGAAGUGCCUUACACUUUCUUCCUGGAGAGUAUGUAUUUGAAAAGGUUUUUGCAGUGGAAGUGGUUGGAGAUGCAACCAAUGGAAGAGGAUUGGUUUUUGGAUUUUCGUGUGCUGGGGAAAGGGGGUUUUGGGGAAGUAUCUGCCUGUCAGAUGAGAGCCACAGGGAAACUGUACGCCUGCAAAAAGCUCAACAAGAAGAGGCUGAAGAAGAGAAAAGGCUACGAGGGGGCGAUGGUGGAGAAGAAGAUUCUGGCUCGAGUUCACAGCAGAUUCAUUGUGUCUUUGGCGUACGCCUUCCAGUCAAAAACAGAGUUGUGUCUGGUCAUGACCAUUAUGAAUGGAGGCGACUUGAGGUAUCACAUUUAUAACGUGGAUGAGAACAACCCGGGGUUGGACGAGCCGCGGGCCUGCUACUACGCUGCUCAGAUCAUCCAGGGCCUGGAGCACCUGCACCAGAAGAGGAUCAUCUACAGAGACCUCAAACCAGAGAACGUGCUGCUGGAUAAUCAAGGUAACGUCCGUAUCUCUGACCUUGGUUUAGCUGUGGAGCUGGCUGAUGAUCAGCUCAAAAUCAAGGGUUACGCUGGAACUCCAGGUUUUAUGGCUCCAGAGCUGCUGAGAGGAGAAGAGUACGAUUACUCUGUUGAUUACUUCACUCUUGGCGUCACUCUGUACGAGUUCAUGGCUGCCAAGGGACCCUUCAGGACCCGAGGAGAGAAGGUGGAGAAUAAGGUGGUGAAGAAACGGAUUCUGAAUGAUCUGGUGAUGUAUCCAGAGAAGUUCAGUGAGAACGCACGCUCCAUCUGCGAGGGUCUGCUGUUCAAAGAGGUCGACAAGAGGCUCGGCUUCAAGAAUGGAUCAUGUGACGACAUCAGGGCGCACGCCUUCUUCAGCGAGAUCAACUGGAGGAAACUCAACGCAGGGAUCCUCCCACCCCCUUUUGUGCCAGACUCAAAGACAGUUUAUGCCAAGAACGUUGACGACGUUGGGGCCUUCUCCACUGUGAAAGGCGUCCAGCUGGAGGACAAAGACAAUGAUUUUUUCAAUGAGUUUGCCUCAGGGAACAUCUCCAUCCCCUGGCAGGAGGAGAUGAUUGAGAUGGGGAUCUAUAGCGAGCUCACAAUCUGGGGAGUUGACGGUGGUUUGCCCAACGAUCUGCGACGUGAAUCCAUCCUGGAGCAGCCCAAGUCCUCCACCUGCAUCGUGUCGUAA